AUGUCUAAUAAUGACUGUGGAAUUUUAAUAAAUGGUAAUCAUACAGAUAUUGCCGUAAAAGUCUACAAAAACCGUUUGUUUAUAAUUGUCACACAAUUCCAGAAAUUUGGGUCUAUGGUCACAGUGACACGUGAAUCUUCUCUCGAUCAGUUCAACAGUGAUACAUACUCUACUCACGUAAUAUUUGGUAAAGAUACUGAAGAAGUACAUGCAGCAGUUCGUUAUAUAGCAGAAGCUAUUAAUAUUGACAGACCAUUGUUGCUAUCAAUUGCCUUAAAGGAUUACGAAUUAAGUACACUUAAAGUAAUUGUUUCUACAAUCAACAAACUAAAAGCUUGGUAA